AGAAGGGGGCCACGAAGUGAUCAUUUGAGCGUCGGUAAUGCGUUGGGUAACCGUAAGAUAGUCGAAUCCCUCUACAUUUGUAUACAUCAGUAGUAUUUCACUUUUGUUCACGAAUAUUCAAUAUUGUUGAUAAUUGUGCAAAAGAAGUGAACGGCCGCCUCAAAGGUUUCUAUAUUUUUACACUCUAGACUUACAUCAUUUUUAUUUCAUAUCAUUGAUUCUUUGUCCCUCCUUGUACUAGACUACAACCACAUUAAAAAGAUGGCGAAGAAUGCAGGUCAUGGCGGACGCGGCACGAAGCAGCGGCACUUCAACAAGGCCGCUCUGCCGGGAAUGGGCAGACAGAAAGUUGUCAAAGGAGGUCUCAAAUUGGGUUCCGCAUUUAAGAACAGCAAUGCGAGUACCAAGGUGGGACGCAGCGGAGACCCGAGUAAGGAAUCCGUGAAGUCCGGAGGUCAGCAGAGAAGUCGCAACACCAUCAAGCGUCUGCAAAUGUAUUCCCAGAAGGCGCCAAACGCGCGGGAUCUGCACCAACAAAUGCUUAAGCCACAGAGGAUCGAGCCGGAUAGAAGAUGGUUUGGCAACACGCGCGUCAUCACGCAAACAAAAAUGCAAGAAUUCAGGGACGAGAUGGGUAAUGAGAUUUUAAUGAAGUAGUUGUGUGUCGUUCGAAGUGUCCUUGCUCUUAGUUCUACUUGUGGUGCAGUACUACCAAUACUUCAUGAUUGCCAUCUGAUUUGUCAUCUCACAUAUCAUUCGAGUACAAAAUCAUGACCAUCAAACGACAACUUCCCAUUCCACCUCCUCAACUACAACUUCCCUCAGGCAAAGAAGUGAACGACCCGUACCGAGUGGUUUUGAAGACGAGCAAAUUGCCGAUGUCUUUGCUUACGGACAGUCUGAAGAACGAUAAGAUGGAUCUGUUGAAGGUGGAAUCUUAUCAAGACACCUUUGGAUCAAAGAAACUCCGCAAAAAGCCGAAGCUCGUUUCCGAGAACUUGGAGCAAUUGAUGGAGAAGGUACAGCUCCACCUUCUACUAGUAAUAUUUAGUGUUACAACUUCGAUCUACUUAAUACAGUCAGCAUUCAGUUCUAAGUUUCUCUCCGCUUUUUCCUGUAUUUUGCUAUGCAUCAAUCCAAGUACUUUGUUAUUCAUCUACUACAAACCCUCCAAACGCGAACAUUACAAUGUUUCAGCCUUAUUCAUAUAAUAAAUUCAGGUAAACACGGAGCAAACCCGUUACAGCGAGAUUUCACAUCAAGAUAAGCAGCUUCGAUUUGACUUGAAUUCUGGUUUCGAAAAUUCUAAGUCCUAUGAAGGCCACGAUAACGAGGAAAUCUUCCUCAAAGGAACGUCUAGACGCAUCUGGCGCGAACUCUACAAGGUCGUUGAUUCCAGCGACGUCAUAAUUCAAGUUCUGGACGCCCGCGACCCAAUCGGAACACGCUGCUUGCAUCUAGAGAAAAACAUCCAGAAAAACCAUCCGGGAAAGCAUGUAGUGCUUCUGUUGAACAAGUGCGAUCUGAUUCCGAACUGGGCAACAAGGCGAUGGUGCGAGAUCCUACGAAAAGAACGCCCCACUCUGGCGUUUCACGCGAGCGUGACCAAUCCGUUCGGAAAGUCAGCUCUCAUCCAGUUGUUGCGUCAAUUCGCAAAAUUAAUGAAGGACAAGAAGCAGAUUCAGGUACAACGAGCAGUAUCCCUGUUCUUUGUAGUCCCAAUUAACACUGUAAAAAAUUUCUUAUUUAAUCUACUUAAGUACUGUAUCCUGAACAAGAACUUAUCGACUCCGACUCAUACCUAUCAUUCCUUCCAAAAACAGGUCGGUUUGAUCGGAUACCCGAACGUGGGAAAGAGUAGUGUGAUCAACACUUUGAAGAAAAAGGAUGUGUGCAAGGCUGCCCCGAUCCCGGGUGAGACGAAGGUUUGGCAGUACAUUGCUCUCACCAAAAAGAUCUACGCCAUCGAUUGCCCCGGUAUUGUCCCGCUGACAGCCGCUGACUUCGCACAAGACACCGCCAAGGUGCUGAAGGGCGUUGUGCGUGCAGAGAAAUUGGAGGCGCCUUCUGCCUACAUUGAUGAGGUCGUUACGCGCGUGAAGCACAAGUACUUGCGGGCUAAGUACAACUUGCCAGAAAGCAUGACAUGGACCGACGGCGAAGACUUUCUGACUCAGCUAGCAACAAAGAUGGGUAAGCUGCGAAAAGGCGGUGAGCCAGACCUGGAAAUUACUGCGCGCAUUGUGCUCUACGACUGGCAACGAGGGCGCAUCCCCUACUUCGUCCCGCCACCGGACGCGUCGGGUAACAUACGCGAUGUGGUUGAGGACGAGAUCGAAGAUGCUGAAAAGGUGAUGCAAAUCGAAGAAGCUGCAAAGGAUGGUGCCGACAAGAAGAAAACCGAGGACAUCUCUGCAACUACAGAAGAUGCAGAAGCAGCUGCUUCUCCUCUUGCUUCCGAUGCGACCACCACAGAGCCAGGCUCAGAAGGCAAGCAGUCUGCAGAGAAUGAAGAGCUCGAAGCUGAGGUUGACGCAGUAAUGGAAGCAGCGCUAGCAAAGACCAGCAAGGACGCAGAGGACGACGAGGACGAUCAUGCUGGAAUGGGUGAUGAGGAUGGUGAGAAGUCAGAGUUUUCUGACGACGAAGCCGAUGGGGACGACGAUGACGGUAUUAAGGACAUCCACGAUAUUCGUAACGAUUUCUCCUCUCUGAAAUGCUCUAUGGCAUUCGACGCCGAAGAUAUGGGCGAUCACUCCUCAGAUGACGUUGAGGUUGAAGACGCGAACGGCCAAAAUAAAGCAACGAUAUCAUCUUUAAAGAGAGGAGCUGCUGGGUCAUCAAGUUCAGGCAGACAGGAAGGCGCAACGAACAAAGCCAGCAAGAAGAGCAAAUUUCGAACGAAGAAGAAACGGGCAGCAGAGAAGGCAUUAGCCAUGAACAGUGACGACAGUGAUGUAGAUGACGACUCUCCGGUGAUGCAAAGACAACCGUCAUCUAAGAGAAGAAAACAAAACAAGAAGAAUAGCAAGGCAGCGUCAAAUAGCAGCGCUACAACGUCAACCAGCCCGACCGCAUCAACAUCAGAAGUAUCAUCAAAGAACGCUGACAGGAAAUCAGGGAAAAAGAGUAAGACCAAAACAGGACUCGAAGACAACGCUAGCAAGGUUGUCAGACAAGAUCCUCAACGCGGUUUAGUCGUCGAUUGGGAUCGUGCACUAGAAGAAUUUGCAUAACUGCUCAUGCCUUGGCUUCCUCAUGAUUUUCAUUCACUAUUAUGACCUCUGCGACCCGCCGUGGGGGUAACCACGACCUGUGUACUUAUGAAUGAGAAUGUAUUUGCUCUGUUUUAUCAAUAUUACACCACAUUUGUUUGAUGUAUAAGGCAUCCAUGCAGCAAGAAAAGUUUCGAACACAACUACUCCCAUGCCACGCUUUUACACGAAACCGGCUUUACUACUGGGCUCUGCAGCAGCGAUGACCGUGUUCCUCUAGCUCUAAACAUGGACAAAAUUGGAAUAGCGCACAGUACGACACUACGACAGUCGUGCGCACAGUUCUUUGUGCGAAAUUUGUUGUAUAAUAUCGGAAGAUGAUGAUGGAGAUGGAGAUCCUCGCAAUGACAAUCAACUAGCGAAUUGUCUGACUGGCACCAACUAAUAAAUCUCACUCUUCUACCUUGCGAAUCUGACGAUGUUGAUCCAAGAACUUCCACACCGAAAAAUCAAAGAUAUGAAUUCUGACACGUUUUUGCGACAUGCACAUGAC